AUGGGGGACUCACUGGGGCGGCUGGCCCUGCUCGGGGCGCUGGUGCUGUCGGGCGGGCUCUGCAUGAACCAGGAGGAGCGGCUCAUCCACCAUCUCUUCGAGGAGAGGGGCUACAACAAGGAGGUGCGCCCUGUUGUCUCCAACGACCAGGUUGUGGACGUCUACCUGGCCCUCACCCUCUCCAACCUCAUCUCGCUAAAAGAGGUGGACGAGACGCUCACCACCAACGUAUGGCUCGAGCACGGCUGGACCGAUUACCGCCUGCAGUGGAACAAGUCUGAGUUUGGGGACAUCAGCGUGCUCCGCCUGCCACCAGACAUGCUGUGGCUGCCUGAGAUAGUCCUGGAGAACAACAACGAUGGGCUCUUUGAGAUCGCCUACUAUUGCAACGUCCUCAUCUACGACACAGGCGAUGUCUACUGGCUGCCACCUGCCAUCUUCCGCAGUGCCUGUCCCAUCAACGUCGACUUCUUCCCCUUCGACUGGCAGAACUGCACCCUCAGAUUCAGCUCACUGGCGUACAGUGCCCUGGAGAUCAACAUGCACUUGAAGACAGACAAUGAUCCAAAGACAGGCAAGAAUUACCCCGUGGAGUGGAUCAUCAUCGACCCUGAAGGCUUCACGGAGAACGGGGAAUGGGAAAUCAUCCACCGCCCAGCCCGCAAGAAUAUCCACCCUGAAAUCCCCCCCGACAGCAGUGAGCACCAGGACAUCACCUUCUACCUCAUCAUCAAACGCAAGCCACUCUUCUAUGUCAUCAACAUUGUCACGCCUUGCAUCCUUAUUGCCUUCAUGGCCAUCCUUGUCUUCUACCUGCCUGCAGACAGUGGUGAGAAGAUGACCCUGGUGGUCUCAGUGCUCCUGGCCCAGUCCGUCUUCCUUCUGCUCAUCUCCCAGCGCCUGCCUGCCACCUCCCAUGCCAUACCCCUCAUUGGCAAGUACCUGCUUUUCAUCAUGCUGUUGGUGACGGCUGUGGUGAUGAUCUGCAUUGUGGUCCUCAACUUCCAUUUCCGCACCCCCAGCACCCAUAUCAUGUCUGACUGGGUCAAAGAGGUCUUCCUGGAGAGCCUGCCUCGCCUGCUGGGCAUGACGCAGCCAGCCGAGAGCCCGGUGGGCGCUCCAUGCAUCCGGCGCUGCAGCUCGGCCGGCUACAUCGCCAAGGCGGAGGAGUACUUCAGCGUCAAGUCCCGCAGCGAGCUGAUGUUCGAGAAGCAGUCGGAGCGGCAUGGGUUGACCAGCCGUGUCACCCCUGCACGUUUGGCCCCAGGUACAGACACGGGCGAGGAGCAGCUCUAUGAGCACAUAAAACCCAUCGUUGACGGCGCUAACUUCAUCGUCAAAUACAUGCGGGAGAAAAACAACUACAACGAGGAGAAAGACAACUGGAACCGCGUGGCCCGGACCCUGGACCGCCUCUGCCUCUUCCUCAUCACCCCCACGCUGGUGGUGGGCACCCUUUGGAUCUUCCUCAUGGGCAUCUACAACCACCCCCCGCCGCUGCCCUUUGCCGGAGACCCCUACGACUACCAGGAGGAGAACAAGCGCUUCAUCUAG